AUGGUUGUUGGAGUUGGAUCUAAGCAUAUUGUUGGAAGCUUUAUAGAGGUUAUUGAACAACAAGAUUGGCAAGGUCUUUGGGCUGGAAACACCAUCAAGAUGCUUCAUAUGAUCCCUACGCAAGUGCUAGAGUUUGGUUCUUUUGAGUUUGUAAAACAUGAAAUGACAGCAACACAAGAGAAAUGCAAAAAAGAUGGUUGCCUUAAGUUACAGAUUGGUCAUAUCAAUAUUGAACUCUCCUUUCCCUGGAUCUACUCGAUUGCUGUUGGUGGCGCCGCUGCGGCCAUUGUAAGCACUUUCAUGUGCCAUCCUCUUGAAGUUGUCAAGGAUCGCUUGAUUAUGAAUCAAGAUCUUUACCCCAGCAUCAACCUGAGCAGCUGA